AUGAAAAACGGCCGACGAUCAAGUUUACACAUACGAGGGCGAAGAGCAUCUUCUAUUGGAAAUGGAUUUACAGCAAAGCCUCACGAAAGUGUGGACCCGAAGGAUUACUAUCGACAUAUAAAUGUAGAUAUGCCUGAAUACAACAGAAUGAGGCAAUUGCUUAUUUGGUGCGGUCAAAGGACCCUCGAGCGUCAGAAAUCUAAAAGUAGAAACGCGAUCAAGAUAGCAAAAACGGUAGAAGAAAUAGUAAUUAAUGGAUUGAUAAGUGGGCUAAUCAGUCCGUCAUGGUAUACUCGAGAGGAUACCGAAGACCGUGCCGAUAAACCAGCGAUGAAGCCCCAUCCUGGAAACAUUAUGAACGCCAAGCGAUUGGAGGAAUACAAAGCUAUCUUGGAAAGGCUCCAAACAGAGGAGGAACAAUUGGUGUCAUUAACCACACAAUAUCACACUCUCCAUGCACGACUUUUGGAUUCGUGUGCUCCGUUACCGCUUGAUGGUGGGCCGAUCAAAAUGGCGAUAACAGAUGUUGAUUUAUCACCACUAUCAGAAGAGGAUCGCGCAUUCCUGACAGAAUAUUGUUCUUCUGAUACGGAUGGUGAACGUGAAUUGGAUGAAUCAGUAAGAGCACUCGUUGAACGUUAUCCAUUCCAGAUCGAUAACCUGAGGAAAAGACUGUAUCAGGCUUCUAUUUUUGAUGAAAUUACGCAUUUAUAUUGCGAGCAGCUUAUGUCUAAUUUGUUGGCUACUGUUCGUAAGAGAAAUGAAGGCAACAUGCAGACAAAAGCGGAAUCGGGCGACGUGUUGAGAGCAUUAACUCGAGCAACAUUGUGUUGA